CACAAAAUGUAUUUUUCACAGAUCAGAUUGUUCAAAAGACCAAUUAGUGAGGGAAAAAAAGAUCAGAAUUGAGCUACCUGUUUAAACGCAGCCUUAGUUACGUAUUGGAUUGAGAAGUCUGGGCGCACACACACGAGAGCAGGGGAUUCACGACAGAUAGAUACUCAUACCACAUCGAAAUAGUUCAUUUCCCUUCUCGGAUUUUGACAGCAGGACUGGUACAAUAGGAUUUUUUAAAGCAGCUCAGUGAAGUGUUGCCGUUGAAGAUAUUCCAUUUUUGGUGUAGGGUCUGAGCCAUUGCACCAGCCUUGUUUUUUGUCUUCAAGACAUCCAUUUUCUGAAUACAAAGAAUGACACCGAUUUGAAAAAAAUACAGAGGCCUGAUCUGAAGGGGUGUGUCAUUAGCAAGUAAAACUAAGACCCGGGGGCAAAGAAGAAACCCAAGGAAACAAAUUAUGACUUACAACAACAGAGAACUGGUGGUAUACUAUAUUACCUAUAAACUAUCACAGAGAGACUACCCCUUCAACCACAUUGGGCUCACAGAAGCUCCCAGUCGGACUGAGGGGGGACAGGCGGAAGGGGGGGCGGCAGUCACGACACACCCCAACGGCGCAGCGAACGGGACGAGUCCUGGGACUCCACCGCGACAGUCUCCCCCCUCGUCCCCUCAGCGGACAAUGGGCCUGGACGCAGUGAAAGAGGCAUUGCGGGACUCUGCCAACGAGUUUGAGCUGCGUUAUGCCAGAGCGUUCAGUGACCUGUCCUCCCAGCUGCACAUCACGCCGGCCACAGCCUACCAGAGCUUCGAGAACGUGAUGGAUGAGGUUUUCCGUGACGGUGUGAACUGGGGACGUGUGGUGGGCCUGUUUGCCUUCGGAGGGGCCCUCUGUGUAGAGUGUGUGGAGAAGGAGAUGAGCCCACUAGUGGGACGGAUUGCAGACUGGAUGACUGUCUACCUGGACAACCACAUCCAACCCUGGAUCCAGAGCCAAGGAGGAUGGGACCGGUUUGCAGAAAUCUUUGGGAAGGACGCUGCAGCUGAGAGCAGGAAGUCUCAGGAGAACUUUAAGAAGUGGUUGCUGGCGGGGAUGACGCUGGUUACAGGAGUCAUCGUAGGGUCACUCAUUGCUCAGAAACGCCUGUGAGAACGACAAGCACAGACGCCAUCUUGUAGGGGGCGAAAAUGAAGGAACUUUUUUUACUUUCGUAUUUCUCCUUUUAUUUGCCAAGAAAGGACACGUUUACGGUUUAACUUUACAUCCCACAAUGCACUGAGGUCUCUCUGACAAACUGUUGAGAUUAAAGAGAGAGUGAUGGUCACUAUAAUGUUACCCUCAUCAAACACCUCCCUGCAACACAAGAAAAUGGAGAUGGAUAGAACUGUCUUGGACCAAAUGUUCCUCAGUUUCCUUUUUACUCUUGCCUGUAUCUUCUCCAAUUGCUGUAUUCAUUUGAUUUUACAAAUUGACUUUGAUUUUGCAUGAUGUGCUCCAUCUAUAGGCAAGUCUGUGCUGAUGGGGCUAGUAAAUUCCAUCUGAGUUUUCUUGUUGAUGGUCUCUAACCCCCACCAGUAUGAUGGUUGCCAUAUGGACAGACAGAAGGAAAAACUUGCCACCUGUAAAAGAAGGGGGGGAAAUGGCACUGAAAAUCAACAUCUGUCCACCUCAGUGUAGUUUUGACAUGUCUGCUUUGUAGAUGCAGUGCGCUCCAAACAACCUAGCCAAAAGACAGCCAAAAUCACACUCAGUAGCUCAAUAUAUUAAUUGUAAAUGUAUAUAUAUUUUUUUCAUCUCCAAGUUGUAAGUGGUUAAGUGUAACAAGUGAUUGAGACAGUUUUCGAUCUUGACUCUAGUACACCACGUCAGGCGCAUUGACCUGAAAUGAGUGAGGUGAUACAAUUUUUCCGUGUGUGUUCAUUGGUUUGUGUUAUUUUUUUUUAAACCAUUAAAACCCACGUGAUAAUUUCCUGUCCUGAUGCUGGUAAAUGCGUACCUGACACACACACUGCCCUGGCUAGACAGAAAACACAAGGUGCACAACAAACUAAGAGCCAGGGAUGAAGAGGAGUAUUCUAGCAGCUGUUGGUACAAAGGCUGUUUUCUUUUUAUAAUGGAGAAAAGGAUUGUUCAGUAUUUACGACUUGCAACACAGCCUAAUGAUGAUUUGUCUCGCUAAUAAGAUAGCUGAGUGACGCAGAAACUUUUAUUUAGUGGGUUAACAGAUCCGUUAGACUUCUAACGUGCAUAUAGCUCUUGAGACAUGAGGAACUGUUGGCAGGCAAGCUUCAGGGUGGGACCCAUUCAACCUGCCACCUCUGUCUCCGUGCCUUUGUGUGGAAACAAAGUGGCACAUUCAUUUCUGUUCUCCCUGUCACGGCAGCUGAGGGCGUGCGUCACUCAACACAGGCCCACCUGCUGUUCAGAGCACAUCUCCUGUCAAACCUAGUCGACAGAGACGGAGGAAAACCAUUCCUUAGUUUCCAAACAUCUUUAAUUUAAACACUGUCAGUCAGGAGGGUGUUUGUCAUCUGGCGAUUUUUAUGGUGUCACGCUCCUGAGCUGACAGGAGAGAGGCGAGAUGGGUGCAACCCAUCUACUCACAUUCUAACCUAUCUCUGAUUCAGGGAACGGAGCCCUAGGGACAUAGGGGGUCCUCUUGUGUAGCAGGUACAGUUGUAAACACAGUCCACACUUACAUCAGCCAGAGGCUCCUGUUUGCAGCCGUUUCCUGUUUCAAAGCUGGAUUGAUGCUCUCACACUUGCAGUGUUUUUUUUUUCCCCACACAUUUUUAUUUGAAAAGUGUAGCAGAGCUAUGUUUGGACUGAAGGCAUAACUUUUUUUCCUAUGCUGUAUUUUAUGUCAAAGCCCUGAGUAUGGUUUAUUCAGCCUGUGUUUUCUAUGCAUUUCCUGCAAACUAUUGGUGACAUAACAGAUUUAAAAGUACAUGUCACAUUUGUCUGCUUUUCUCUGUUGGCAAUGAAUAACUUUGGUUUCAUUAGGAAACAUUUCUGACUGCCAAUAACCUCUUAUAUCAGAGACAAGGUUUUCACUUUACCUAUGACUAAAUGCUACAUUUAGAUAAAUAUUCACCAACUGAUCAUAAAACACUAUUUCAUCACAUAUCUGAUUUGAUACAUUCCAAUACAGUAUAUAUUUUUCUAGUUUGUGCCCCACAAAAAGCUGCUUGCAGGCUUUUCUGCAAUGUUACCUUUUAUGUGAAGAAGUUCCCUCCACCUAUGAGAUUGUGUGCAUGCGUGGAAUGGACUCUGGCAAAUGUUUGCAGGAGGUACAAGAAGGAAUUUAAAGCGCAUUGACACAACUAUAUAUACUAGUUAUUUAAAACAAUGAUUUAGAAUAGUAUCAUAGCUUAGUAACAUAUUUAAGAAAGUUACUGAAAUGUUAUUUAAGAUAUUUAGGGGCAAGUUUAGUGUCCCUUCAAAAUGGCCACGUCAAGCAGCCUAAUUUAUUUUUUCCCAAUCAUUUUCAGUUCUGAAUUGGGGCUGUGUUUAAAUGUAUCCUUUGUAUUUGUGUUUUAACUGCUGAAAUAGUUAUUUCCCCAUUUGAUAGCUUAAAGCAGGGGUAUCAAGCUCAUUCCAUGGAGGGUAAAGUAGCUGCAGGUUUUUCCUUUCAAUUAUGCGCCAGGUGUGGAGAGCUCAUUAAUUAGUGACAAGGGAAGAGCACAGACACUCAGCCUUCUGGAAUUAGUGUGAUACUUAUGGCUUAAAGGAGUUAACAUGUUCAAUGGUCUGUCAUACAAUUUCAAUGUAAUGUGUAGAUUACAUGAAACCAAUAAAGACCCAUCUGGAACAUGAAGAA